AAAUUAGCAGUGUUGAUAGACAUCCGCAUACACUUGUGCAAUUUACAGAAACAUAUCCAGUCAACAAGAGGAAGAUUAAAAUUUAUCAAACGAACACAUCAUUUUCGCAAAAUUGAAAGCAUAUGAAAGCAUAAAAUCGAGUUUGAUACAUUUCGUGUGUGAAAUGAUGGCUUUAAUUGUGGAGAUGUGGUUGUAUUUAACAAUUAUUGGUACCAUAACUGUACCAGUAGUCUGGACAUCCAUUUGUGUAAAUCCAUUUAAAAGAGAAAUGAUUCCAAACACACUGAACGGGGAAAUAGAUUUAAGAAAUUUCAACAAGAUUGUGGAAGACGUGUUGACCAAUAAAACUAUUUCAGAUAAUAGUUUUGUGAGGACGAUGAAUGACUGUAACAAUAAUCCUGCCUGCUAUAUCGAAUUAAAAGUUUACAAGGAGAGUUAUCUAGAACUAUGUGUUACUCCAAGGGACACACAAAGGUAUAAAACCUGCUUUAAAAGGAGUUGUAGCUGUAAUACGUCAAAGAGCAACGAUAAGCUGAAGACUGGAGAUGUAGUCUUCAAAUGCAGUGACGAAAUAUAUAACUAUACAUCGUGUGAAGAGAAUAAUGACCUAGACAAUAACACAAGUAAAUAUCACCAAGGCCUCUCCACUUCCUCAGAUAUGUCAAAUUCAAAUGGUACUAGAAAUGAGCCGAAUCUCUUAACAACAGAAGGAUCGAAGAAAGGAUUCCUCGACGGUGAUUCCUUGUGGUUUACAGCAGGUGUAUUUUUAGGCGGCAUCAUAUUUGGAACAAUCCUCUCUUUGUUUGCCACUCACGUCUGUUGUAGAAGGAAAGUCAUGAAAUUACACAGGAGCACAACGACAUCGACCACCGAGGAGAUCCCUUUAUAUAAUUCAUAUCCGAAAGAGACGGCGGUCUAUGCAGAAAUUCCAGAGCAAAAUCAACUCUGCAGUGUAACAUCUUUUGAAAUAAAUCGCGAAUGUACUUCUUACACACCACCAUACUAUGACAAGGCUACUAACGGGGCGUUAUCACCAAUGAACCAUGAUGAAUAUCUGGAACCCUUGAAAAGAGAUGGAAUAGCGCAGAAUCUGCAGAGUGUUCAAACAGACUCCCCAUGCGUAUCUAAGGCACGGCCGCCGACUGCAAAAAGUGGCAAGGACGAGUACAGUGACCAAAAUACAUAUUGUCACGUGUAUAACCACUUGCAGACAAAUUGGGGAUACCAAGGUCAAUCAGUGAGUUCCCAUGAAAACUAUAUGUCAGCUCAGGAGAUGAGAGGAGGCACCGAUGGCGACCAAAAUCUUCACAUGGAGAAUACCGGCGUCAGUCCGAAUAAUACUGGACUAGGAAACGUUCCGGAAAGUGAUGUACUGAGGAAGGAAAAUACAGGAGACAAAAGUGGACAGUAUCUUUUAUGCAUACCCCAUAGUCUCCCCGUACCCGAUAGUCCCCCUGUAACCGAUCGUCCUCCUGUACCCGAUAGUCCCACUGUAACCGAUAAUCCUCCUGUACACGAUAGUCCCACUGUAACCGAUAAUUCUCCUGUACACGAUAGUCCUCCUGUAGCCGAUAAUCCUCCUUUACUGGAUAGUCCCCCUGUAGCCGAAGGGGAAACUGUAGAGGAAACCAAAGAUGAAGUUGUUACUCAAAAUGGAGGUGACUAUUUUGUGUUGGAGAAAACAUUUUCAACAUAAAGAUUUGAAUUCUUUAUGGCGAUACGAACACAGACAUACGUUUGUGAAUUCUGAUAUUUUUCCCCACAAUGCACAGGUGCAUCUGUUCCAUGUUUCAUCCUAAUGCAUUGAAAGUAAUGAAUUACAGCAACCAAUUGCCAUUGCAAUACACGUUUGAAUCAUGCGUGUAUUUUUCAUUAUCCCAUUCUACCAAUGCCCAAUGAUAAGGAAGGAGAAAAAUCGAAACAGAACGAAAUUGUCUCAUUGAUACAAGGAAUGUGAAUAGUAUGUCGAAAAUAACUGUUGUCAGUGACCAGUGUUGGAGAUGAAAAACAUUUCUUUUUGAAGAAUUUAUCGAUGUGUAAACUUUGGACAUUUUACUCACAAGCUGAAUAAAAUAGCAAAGAAUGUUUAAUUCCUA